CGGAGCGAGCCAGGGAAGAUGUCCGGGCGCGGGAAGCAGGGCGGGAAGGCGCGGGCCAAGGCCAAGUCGCGCUCGUCGCGGGCCGGGCUGCAGUUCCCCGUGGGCCGCGUGCACCGGCUGCUGCGCAAGGGCAACUACGCGGAGCGGGUGGGCGCCGGCGCGCCCGUGUACCUGGCGGCCGUGCUGGAGUACCUGACGGCCGAGAUCCUGGAGCUGGCGGGCAACGCGGCCCGCGACAACAAGAAGACGCGCAUCAUCCCCCGCCACCUGCAGCUCGCCAUCCGCAACGACGAGGAGCUCAACAAGCUGCUGGGCAAGGUGACGAUCGCGCAGGGCGGCGUGCUGCCCAACAUCCAGGCCGUGCUGCUGCCCAAGAAGACUGAAAGCCACAAAGCCAAGAGCAAGUAAAGCAGGCGGCGAAAGCGUCCCGAGCCCAGAAGCGAACCCAAAGGCUCUUUUCAGAGCCACCCACAGCCUCGAGAAAGAGCUUGAGAUGCUGCGGAUCGUGCAUCCGGGGGGGCUGACGGGGGCGCUUAGUCUUUGUGUGUGCUUUUGGGUGCGUGCGUGGCGGGUGGGUUGGAAUGUGUCCCUUUCGUGCAG